AUGUCUACUGCGGUUGCGCCUGCGACGGCGGCACCUUUGACAUCUUCUCAUGUGGAUAGAGCACCAAGUCCGAAGAGUCAUCACUCGCUCUCGGCGAUGCCGGCCUCUCGAAUGCCCUCCGGUCCUCAAGAAGGAGCUCCAGGAAAGUCAAGCCCGGAAGGGAAGAAGACUCCUAACUCAAAUGCCGCACCCAAGAUCGUCGUGAAGAAAGAACCUCCCUCCUCCCCCACAAUGUCCUCUCAAAUGAGGCCCCGGCCCAGAAAACUAGAUCUCUCUGCUAGCACAUUAUCAGUUCGCGGCCCAGCAGGUCCGAUGACUGCUCGCGACGGAUUGGCGCUGCACGAUGUCGGACUAGCAUGCUUAUCACCCGGCUUUCAGACACACGAUCCCGAACGACAAGAACAAUUACAGCGCAGUAUCGCAGUACGCGAGCAGCAGAGAUCUAUAAUCGAAUCAAGACUACAAAAAUCCGCAAAAGGCGACGGUAGCGAUUCGAACAAAUCAUCCGAGUCAAAUCCUUUUGGCUCUUUAAAGAUUGCCAAGAAGCGUCCUCCUCCUGGCCUCUCUAUCGUCCCUCCCUCAGCCUCUCAAUUUGCGAACGAACGAAUUGUGCAGUCCGCCCCUUUACACAAGACAUUUACUGGUCGCCAUGACCCGAUGCCUAUAACCCGUCACCUCAUUGGCCACACUCCCAACCUUCCAUCGCCUUCUCAUAUCCACCAUGUACCGGCUCAACAAACGAACAACCGUCUACCACCUCUUUCAGAUGUCUUUGGCUCUGACUUGAAUUCCAGAGAACGAGAGCGGGAACGCAAUGGAAUGUUCCCCGCCUCUAGUAUUUCCUCACAAUCCAACACUACUGCAUCGACGAUUCCCCCAUUCUCGUCCUCUCCCGGUCACAAUGGAACCUCUCAACAACGGCCACGAGAGUACCGAUCCGCCGAGGAGGCUGUGCAAGAACUUGCUGGCGGUCGGGAAGAACUUUUGCCUCGUAUCGUUCACUAUAGCGGCCACCAGCAACCGGCCACUCCACCUUCACCAUAUGGCAAUGGCAACGUAGGUGCCACAUCCACGCAGCAGCCGUAUGCACCGCCUCCAAGCCUGGGAACUUCUCGUCGUCGGACUAGAGAUGAGUACGAGCAGGACAACGGCAGUCCUCCAUUAGGCACCGGACCGGAUAUGAGAUUCCGCAACGGACCAGGCCCAGCGGUAUCUUCAUAUGGACCUUUCGGAGCCGGUCGCGAUUCACCGGAGACUCAGAGGAAAAAGAAGGAAGAGUUCUUGUCUCUUUGUGCGCGAGCAUGGGACCUCUUCCAUUCAUAA